AUGCAGUUUUGGAACCAUUCGACUAUUACUCCAUGCCGGCUUUGUCUCAACUGGAUGACUUCGACUUGUGUCUGAGAAAACCGAACUCAGUGUAUUGCAUCGUGGACUUCGAUUUACUAGAAGAUGGCACGCCGUUGUAUCAAUUCAUUAAAAACUUCUCAACUUUCUCGUAUAAGAACUACAAGCAUACAAAAUUACACAGAGGAGUAUGUGGUUCCGAACAUUGUGGUCUAAAUGACACCCAUGCUAAUGUUAGUGACGCUACUAAAGCUGCGCUGAAGGAAUGCUUCAAUAGAACUAUUCACCAGGAAUACGGCUUACAGGUAGAUUCUUUAUCUGUGAGAUAUUGCAAGGCCCAAAAUGACCACAUACCAGUCGAUACAUUGGACUAUAUCGUAGGGGCAUUAUUGUUGCUAUUACUUUUUGUGAAUCUGGGAUGUUCGGCGUAUUACUUCCUGUGGCCAACGAAAAGUAACGAAGGUAACCGAUUCAUGUUGGCUUUCUGUGUCCAGAAGAAUUGGAAGGCUCUUAAACAUGGAGGCAGCGCAGAAGGUGGGAUAUUCAAAUGCUUUCAAGCUAUGAGAUUUUACACUAUGGUUAUGAUUCUCGGUCUUCAUUCGAUGAUUUUCAUUGGAUAUGGAUACACUGAAAACCCGGAAUUCAUAGAGAAAUCUUACGACGAUUUCUUCAAGUCACUUCUAUUCAACGCCCGAAUAAUCGUCCAAAUAUUCUUUGUGAUGGGAGGAUUCCUGAUGGCUUACAAGAUGAUGUUGUACGCUGAAACUCACCAGUUCACAUUACGAACUGUCCCUAUGGCUAUCGUCAACAGAUGGUUUAGGUUAAUGCCCGCUGUCCUGGUGGUGAUGGGUCUAGCAAUGACCUGGGUCCCACAUUUGGGGUCUGGCCCUAUGUGGGACGCUGUGGUCAAGCGUGAGCGUGACUUAUGCAGAAGCAACUGGUGGCAGCUAGUGAUUUUGAUGCCGAACCUCUUCCCGUUUGAACAUCUCUGCUUACCACAGGCUUG